CCACUCCGGAGGACAGCGCAUCGGUUUUGCGUGAUGGAGAAGCAUGAAAGGGCUAUUUACCGGCGACUGUGGCCAAUUCCGUUGACAAUGGCUUCAGCGCCGUCUUCUCCCACUUCAGCCGUGGAUUCAUUGCUCACUCUCUCCUCCUCAACCGCUGCGCCAGGUUGAGGUUGUAUUAGUCCUGCCGGCUCUGCAAACGCGUUGACUGGGACAAUCUGCCAGCAAAGCAACACCUGCUUCAGAAACCAGAACGCAGCAUUCAGAAUGAGACUCGACGCCCUCUUCACAGCCGCCUGGCUCGCCGCAACAGCCACGGCCAUCGGCCCCGCAUCCCCAGACAAGCCCCCGCGCCUGCAGGGCAAGCCCGAGAAGAUGGCGUCCUGGCGCUGGCCAAACCCCUUCGCCUCGCCCCGAUACGCGAAGUACACCCCCGCUUGCGAAGCCGAGCGCACCUUUACCGCGCGAGAGCACCUCCUCGACGACCUGUCCGAGCCGGGCCCCAACGGCCUGCUCGCGUACCGCGACGCGCUCCGGUCUGUCUUCUCGGCGCGUGAGUACCCGGGUAGCUGGGACGGCAUCGACCCCCACGGCUACGACCGCAAGCUGCUCAUCAUGGACUACGACGCGAUGCCGCUCAAGGUGCGCGAGUGGAUCGAGGAGCAGGAGAGGAGUGACGGGCCUGGUAGGGGUCUGUUUGCCAUCUAUGGGCGGCCCGCGCCCGGCACGAGGGUUAUGAAUACGAUCAAGGUGCCGGAGGAGGUGCCCGUCAGCGAGGAGUGGCGUGGCAAGGACGACAGGAGGGUGGUGUUGUUUGCGCCGGGGGCUAUCUAUGAGAUGCUGCCGCUUUGGGUGGCUGAGGGGAGUGACUGCGAGGAAUCGCUGCUUGACCUCUCCAAGUACUCCGCCAAACUCGCCGACGGCCGCGUGGUCGCGUACCCCGUCCAACACACGUCGCCCAAGUUGAAUGACCGCGAAAUCGAGUUCCAGAUCAAGGCGCAGGUGCUGAAGCUGAAGGAGGGCGAGGUGGAAGAGGAUGUGUUGGAGAUCGCUCAAGGACCGGAGGCGGCCGAGAAGGGAGAGGAGACAGAGGCGGCGAAGUCGGAGAAGGCGGGGGAGACAAAGAGCGUCGAGGAGGCCAAGAGAGCCGGGAAGGAUGAGCUGUGAUGCGCGCAAUGCGAGAGGAAGGAGAGCUGGAAGAGAAGCGGAAUCACAAGCAUCUUUAUUGUAGAAUAUCUCAUCUGUCAUUGGAUAACGAACCGCGUUUCAGAUACCCCGGAUUUGUAUUUCGGCUGCAAGCUCGGCAUACUUUGACGGUGUGUAUUGAUCCAGCCCCUACUUACAUACGCC